GGCUGAUUUGGCUGUGUCAAAGACACAAGUGGAGGCAGCUGGUUAGGCUUUAUUCCUAUUGGAUGCCGCCAUAUUGAGAUAUUUUGUUGUAACCAGCGACCAGGUCAUUCGAAUUGUAAGGAAGGGAACCUAAAUGUUAAGAGAGGAGGGUUCGCCAAAAUCGUUUGUUAAUUGUGGCCUUUUCGAUGGAAAACUUUAACGGAUGGCCAAAACUGCCCCCACCGGAAGUGAGGAGGCUGAGACUCUCAUUGGAUGGAGAUGCUACGGAGCUCCACACAGCGCACAACAACAAGCAACAGCGAACCAAAUCCACUAGCUAGCUAGUCUAUCGCUAAUCGUUGAAUCACAGCAUCUUUUGAUCUUUCUUAGCUUCGUCAACACAGCUCGGCGGCAGUAGAAACCACAAAACAGAACUCGUUUACCAGUGAGUUUCAAGAAGUGUCUUCUACAUCACACAGCUAAGAUAAGAUAACCUGGUACUGUCGUGCGGUAGAACAUACCUACUUGAGGUGUGGAAGCAGAAGAGACUUCCUUCGACAGACAGAAACCCGAAGUGUGAUAACAACAGCGAGCAGUCAUCUUGGCUCACAAUACAGUAUUUCUCACAAUACAACAACAACUACAGCUACAAUGGCUGCAUCCUCCACAACCGCAAGUACCAUGAGCUCCCUACAAGAUGAACUAACACCCAUGAAGAAUGUUCGUUUCAACGACACUAUUGAACUGGUGCAACAUCAUGACGACGACAAUGUUGAAGAAACAACAGAGGUGGACGACCACACGCUUUGGUUUUCCGUCCAAGAAGUAGCAUCCUUCCGCGAAGACACCAUUCGGAUCGUCCAGGCCGUUCGUGCCAAUCAACAACAGGCUCAAGCAGAAGAAGAAGAAUUGUGCACGCGAGGAUUGGAAAAGAAACUCUUGCAACGACCACCUCCCAACUUUGUCAAGCGCGUCUUGGCGUUGCAAGCCAAGCAGCGACGAUCGGGCAUUAAGAAUCCCGCCACUGGUUUGCAGCUAUUUUCCGAAGCCUGCAGCAAGUGGGCACGAAAAAGGGCCGUUCAAUUGGCGGCCGAAGACGAAUUUGAAGCCUACCAGAUCUUCAUGGCUGGGCUCCGGAAGCAGGAGUCGUACAAUGUCAACGACGAUGACGACGACGAAGAUGACGACGAUUUCGAUGCCGACUAUUAUGGAGACGAAGAAUUCGAUUUUUGCACAGAAGGCGAAUUCGUUCAUGAUGUAUACGAUUACAAGCAUGAUCCUACUGAAGAUGAAACGGAAUACGAUGAUUCCGAUGUCUAUGAUAACUUGUUAGUCAGUAUGGUCGAUGACGACGGACUGGAACGAGAAGAUGAGUUCGACAUGGGGAUCAUCACUCCAGCAGUCAGAUGAUCACUCACUCACUCUCGGACGACGACAACACAGCAGUCGCAGCUACCUGCUUUUGAUACCUUGAUGGGAUGGAGUUAUACUAUUAUCUCCCACAAGGUCUUGGAUGGCUUGAGCCAAGCUCGCCUUCUAGAAGUAUCUAUUAUUAUCAUUAUCUCUUCCAUUUACAAUCAGCCAAUAACAAAAAGCUUGCAAACCUUUCUAGCUAGCUACCGGUAUAUGUACAGUAGUACAAACAGCGCAAUCAUGGCUGCAGUAUACAUUAUCAACCCACGAGUGCUUAGCAAGACUCCCCCCC